AUGACAUUAAACACGAGUCUUCUUCCGACACCUGAUCUAUUGUAUGGUCAACUUUACUUCGAUAUUCAACUUGCCCAUGUGUUUUCCGAUACAAAAACUUUUGUGGAUUCCGUUCCAGACGUUUCACCAUCAGAAAUAGUCGCUCUCUACGAACAUGAAAAAAUCUUACCAGAUUUUAAUCUCGUUGCAUUCGUUAAUAAACAUUUUCAUCUUCCAUCAUUUCCUGCUUCGACUUACACUAGUGAUCCGACUAUUGAUCCUAAAGAUCAUAUAAAUAAACUGUGGGAUUUUCUUUGUCGACCAGCCGAUACGCCAACUGAAGGUAGUUCAAGAAUACCUCUUCCAUUUCCCUAUAUCGUACCCGGUGGUAGAUUUCGAGAAAUUUUCUAUUGGGACUCAUAUUUUACUAUGUUAGGUUUAAUUCUUACGCCCGAGAAACUGCAUAUAGUUAGAGGAAUGAUUGACAAUUUCGCAUAUAUGAUUGACCAAUUUGGUUUUAUACCAAAUGGAAAUCGUACCUAUUUUUUAAGUCGAUCUCAACCACCAUUUUUCGCCGAGAUAGUUCAGUUGUUAGCUGAUGCAGAUCAUACAGAAAAUAUCAAACAACGAUAUUUACCUCAACUACUCAAAGAAUAUGAAUGGUGGAUGACGAACAAUGAUCAGUUGACAGAAGAACAACCUGUUCAAAAUCAUGUUGUGCGUUUGCCCGAUGGCACGAUCCUCAAUCGAUAUUGGGAUCCAUUGACUAAGCCUCGAUCAGAAUCAUAUCCGAAGGAAGAAGUUCAUCGUCAGAAAGCUCAACAAAAUGGCAUCUCUGCUGAAAAAUUCUAUCAACAUAUUCGAGCUGCUUGUGAAUCAGGUUGGGAUUUUUCUUCACGCUGGCUCAUUGAUAGUAAAUGCAUGGAGACUAAUCACGCAGCUGAUAUUGUUCCUGUCGAUCUUAAUUGUCUCCUUUAUUCUCUGGAAAAUUUACUUGCAAGUAUAUAUAACCAAAAAGGUGAUUGGAAAUCAAGUAAAAAAUUCGAGGAGUUGGCCGAAAAUCGAAAGAAUGCUAUUCAAAACUUCCACUGGAAUAAUGAAAUUCAAUUUUUUAUGGAUUAUGAUUGGAUACGAAAUCGAUCGACACCCGCUAUUACACUAGCUGGUGUUUAUCCACUCUUUUUUAAAUUAGCAACUUCUGAACAAGCAGCACAUGUUCAUGAACACCUUAGAAAAAGUUUUCUUCAAUCUGGCGGUCUAGUUACUACUCUAGAAAGAACUGGUGAACAAUGGGAUUGGCCGAAUGGAUGGGCACCCCUGCAAUGGAUAGCCUAUCAAGGGUUAAAGAACUAUGGAUUCAAUGAGUUGGCGGCUGAAGUAAGACUGCGGUGGUUAGCUUUAAAUGAUCGUGUAUUUAAAGCGACAGGAAAAAUGACCGAAAAAUACAAUGUAGUAGACAAUGUCAAAGGGGGAGGUGGAAACUAUCCUCUACAAGAUGGAUUUGGUUGGACGAAUGGAGUCUAUUUGAAACUGUUGUAUGAUGUUUAA